AUGGCGUCAUUGUUUGAGGUGGUAGAGGCGGAGCGCCCGCUAGGACCGGCGAGCGACGAGCGGCGGCCGUUCCUCAUUCCCGCUUUGACUCUCGUUCCUCUCAGUCUAUGCGAGGCGGCGGUAAACGCGAGACACUGCCCAUCGACCAUGGGCACUAUGAAGUUUCUAAACUUCCUUCUCAUACUUAACUUUAUAAUUCUAACAUCGUCCGAAGUAUGUCCGCCGAAAUGCCAGUGCAAUAGAAACGCCAUACGAUGUUUACACCAAGAUUUGCUGGAGAUCCCGAAGUCGCCGGCCGAAGCGCAUACGUUGGACCUGCGCUUCAACCGGAUCUUCGAUAUCGCUCCAGGAAUUUUUAGCCAUCUCCACCGGCUGAGAUCUUUGCUUCUGAAUGAUAACCAGUUGAGAGAAUUACGCUCUGGCGCAUUUCAUGGUCUUCGACGUCUGAGAUAUCUCUACUUAUACCGCAAUCAUAUAAAACAUAUAGCUUCCGAUGUCUUCCACGGCAUGUCUCAUUUGGAACAGCUGUACUUGCACGUUAACGAGAUUCAUCAGAUCGAACCAGAAACCUUUUCCAACCUUCCCCGAUUAGGGCGACUGUACCUUCAUAACAAUAACUUGAAAACGAUACCCCCUGGUUCAUUCCGGGGUAUGCCGAAACUGAGCAAACUGCGAUUAGACAGUAAUGCUUUGGUUUGUGAUUGUAAUAUGUUAUGGUUUGCUCGAAUGCUCGCUGAACAUCGUAAUAUUACUAUUGCUGCAACUUGCUAUGAACCUGCGAAAGCCACUGGAACAUCUUUAGCAGCAAUGCAGGAAAAAGAUUUCCACUGUCGGCAACCGGAGAUUAUGUCUGAUCCUGAGGAUGUGGUUGUUAAUUUUGGAGAUGAGGCUAUUUUCACCUGUAUGGCUAGUGGCGAACCAGCACCUGAAAUAGUGUGGUUCCGUGACUCAGCCGCUUUACCUGACGAUACAAGCAGAUACGAAAUUAUGGAUAAUGGAACUCUUAUGGUUCAUCAUGCUGAUGAAAAUGAUAUUGGAGUUUUUGAAUGUUCGGCCAAAAAUCCUGCUGGUGAAGCGCGGUCUAAGCCAGCCAGAAUGAUGUUACAAACUAAACCCGAUAAUAACGCCUUUCCUGUUUUUACGAUCUUGCCCCGCAAAAGUGUGGUUAAUAUUAAUCAACCCUACGCACGUUUCGAUUGUGUGGCAAAAGGAAAUCCAAAACCUCAUAUUUCUUGGUAUUUUAAUGGAGAGCGCAUAUUGUUAACUGAUCGAAUAACUAUGCAUCACAAUGGGUCGAUAGUUAUUGAAAAUAUAAAAUACGAAGAUACAGGAUCUUACACAUGCCAAGCAGAAAAUAUCAACGGGAAAAUAACGGCUUCUGUUACUUUAGAAGUUAUGGUGGCGCCUGCAUUUAUCGUAGUUCCAAAAGACCAAACUGUAACGAUUGGUGACUCAGCACAUUUUCGAUGCACAGCUAGAGGAACUCCGAAGCCUGUUAUAAAAUGGUACAGAAACACUAUGUCUUUGCCACCGAGUGAAAAUAUCGUUUUUAGCGAUGACGAUCAAGAUUUGACAAUAGUAGAAACUUCUGAAGAUGAUGCAGGAUUAUAUCAUUGCAGAGCAGAAAAUUCCGAAGGUCUCACGGAAAUAUCUGCCGUUUUGAAAAUAGAAAGUUUUCAAAUAGUUCCACCAAAAAUUACCUUAAAACCAGAAGAUACAGAUGCAUUUAAGGAAACAACAGUCCAGUUGCCUUGUGAAUAUGAAAGUGAUCCGCCAGCACUUGUAGAAUGGAGAAAGGAUGGAAGCCGUAUUAUAAAUAAUGACAGAAUUAGUAUAUCUUUAAUUGGUAGUUUGAUUAUUAACAACGUUUCCAUAACCGAUACUGGAAGUUACGAAUGCUCUGUUCACAACGAACAUGGACGCGAUACGGCUUCGGCAUUUCUUACGGUGAAGGAUCACAUUUUACCUGGCGAUGAAUAUGUAAAUAUAGCUAUAACUGAAGCUAUAAGAGAUGUCGAUCAAGCAAUAGCAAAAAGUAUAGAAAGUAUGUUUUACAACAAAAGUUCCAACGUUAGUUUUCAAGAUCUGUAUAGGAUUACGAGAUUCCCAAAUGCCCCAGCUAGAGAAGUUGCUCGCGCAGCUGAAAUAUAUGAGAGAACAUUAGAUAAAGUAAAAGGAUUUAUAGAAUCUGGUAUGAAAAUAACAUCGGUACAACCAUUUAAUUAUGAAAAUAUAUUAUCUGCACAACAUUUAGAAAUCAUAGCUAGACUCUCUGGUUGCGUAGCACACCGUGAAGCAAAAGACUGUUCUGACAUGUGUUUCCAUAAAAAAUACCGAAGUAUUGAUGGCAGUUGUAAUAAUUUUGCUCAACCAACAUGGGGUACAUCGCUCACUGCAUUUCGACGCAUUCUCUUUCCUAUUUACGAAAAUGGAUUUAGUGAACCACCAGGUUGGAACAAGAAAGUAAAAUAUAAUGGUUAUACAUUACCGAGUGCCCGUUUAGUCUCUACCACUAUUAUCAGUACCACGGAAAUUUCUGAGGAUGUUCAGAUUACUCAUAUGACAAUGCAAUGGGGUCAAUGGUUAGAUCAUGACUUGGAUCACGCUUUGCCAUCUGUAAGUUCUCAAACGUGGGAUGGCGUUGAUUGUAAAAAAACAUGUGAAUACGCGGCUCCUUGUUUUCCUAUCGAUGUCCCUAAAAAUGACCCUCGAAUAACCAACCGCCGAUGCAUUGAUUUUAUUCGAACUAGCGCUGUAUGUGGAUCGGGUAUGACUUCCGUUCUAUUUGGAAGACUGCAGCCCAGAGAACAAAUAAAUCAACUCACAUCUUACAUUGAUGCCUCUCAAGUAUAUGGUUUUGAGAAAUCUGUAGCUGAGGAUCUCCGUGACUUGACAAACACUAACGGUACUCUCCGAGUAGGAGCUAAGUUCCCGGGAAAGAAACCGUUACUACCAACAACAGGUUUAAAUGGUAUGGACUGCAGACGUAAUCUUGCAGAAAGCAAUCGUAAUUGUUUUGUUGCUGGUGAUAUAAGAGCAAAUGAACAGAUUGGUUUAGCUGCUAUGCAUACUAUCUGGAUGAGAGAGCAUAACCGUAUCGCAACAGAACUAAAAGCCAUAAAUCCAUUCUGGGACGGGGAUAAAUUAUACCAAGAAGCGAGAAAAAUUGUCGGAGCUCAAAUGCAAGUCAUAACUUACGAACAGUGGCUGCCUCUCAUUCUUGGUCCAGAGGGAUACGAACAGCUGGGCAAAUACAAGGAAUACGACCCUAAUCUAAACCCUUCAGUCUCUAACGUGUUCGCCACUGCUGCUCUUCGAUUUGGACACUCUAUCAUUAACCCACUUCUACAUCGUUAUGACGAGAACUUUGAGACUAUCCCUCAGGGUCAUUUACUAUUGCGUCAUGCAUUUUUCUCCCCGUGGAGACUAGUCGAUGAGGGUGGAGUUGAUCCGCUAUUUAGAGGAAUGUUCACGACGCCUGCUAAACUGAAGACACCAACACAGAAUUUAAACUCUGAACUCACGGAAAAACUAUUCCAUACUGCACAUGCAGUGGCUCUUGACUUAGCUGCAAUAAAUAUUCAACGAGGACGUGACCACGCUAUUCCACCAUACACUAAAUGGCGACAAUUUUGUAAUAUGACCGAGGUUAAUGAUUUUGAUGACUUGGCCAAUGAGAUCACUGACAAAACCGUACGAGACAAACUAAAAGACCUAUAUGGCUCUGUGCACAAUAUCGAUGUUUGGGUUGGUGGCAUUUUAGAAGAUCAAGUUGAGGGAGGUAAAAUAGGACCUCUAUUCCGUUGCUUACUUAUUGAACAGUUUCAACGCUUACGUCAUGGUGAUCGUUUGUGGUAUGAAAAUCCGUCGACAUUCUCAAGAGACCAAUUACGACAAAUCAAAAACGCAAACUUUGCAAGAGUUUUAUGUGAUAAUGGUGACAAUAUUGAUACAAUAAGUGAGAACGUGUUCUUGCUACCUGAAUUACAGGGCGGUCUUGUAUCUUGCGAGGAUGUCCCUAAGAUCGAUCUACGUUUCUGGGCCGACUGUGAAUCAUGCGGUGAUGAUGGUUAUGAAACUGAAUCAAAUAGAGUGCGCAGAGAUGUAAUGUCCAGUGCCGAUCUUUACACUGAACUGACAGAAAAUGAUCACCGUCUGAACACCCUAGAAGAUUCUCAUGAGGAAUUGAUGAAAGCAAUUAAUAAGCUUAAAAAGAAGGUCAAAGAGUUAGAGAAAGCAUGCAAUAAGUAA